AUGGAUUCCUUGCCAGACCAUAGUGUGGUCAUCGCACUCAGUGGGAAGAUCAAGUACAUGAGUCAGAGCAUCUUUUACAAAUUCAGACAAGCAUCGGAUUUUUGGUACCUCACUGGCUUCGCAGAGCCAGAAUCCGCGGUUGUUCUCGAUUCGAAAGGGUAUCGCAUGACUCUCUUCUUGCGGCCAAAAGACAAGCAACACGAACUCUGGGAAGGCGCAUGUACCGGCGUUGACGCUGCCAUUGCCCUUUUUGGUGCCGACUCGGCGCAUCCAAUGGAUUCCCUUCCCACCAUACUACGCUCUCUGCUCACAGACUCGAAAUGCGAGAACAUUUACGUCGACAGCAGCAUGUCCCCCAGAGGAAGGAGCAAGAAGGGGCUAUUUGACUUCCUCACCAAAGGGGCCAAGGCAGAAUAUGACGGUAUAUUGAGCGCUGCUAAAGGAAGAGUGAAGGAGCUUGGCACCGAGGUGGGACGGAUGAGGGCGUACAAGAGCGUGGCCGAGCAAAGAAUCAUGCGCAAGGCUGGAGAGAUCAGUGGGAGGGCGCAUGCCAAGACCAUGGCAUUCACUGCCGAGGCACAAACCGAGGCGCAGCUUGCCGCACAUCUCGAGUAUCAGUGUGCAUUGCACGGCGCACAACGUCCGGCCUAUGUUCCUGUUGUAGCAUCUGGGUGA